CAAACACCGAAGGCAAGAGGUUAGGUGUAAAGUGCUUCGUACUUGAAAUAAGUUUAUCUUGUUUUGUUUUUACAGUGAUAAGCAGAUUUUUAAUCUGGGCAAUAAAGGUGACUGAUAUUAAACUUAAAAUCAAGCGAUUUCUAAGCGUCUGAAGCUUUCUAUUUGUAUUUGCGUACUUGUAUGUGAAUUCUUAUUAUUAAUGCUUUUGAGCCUGUGAUAUUCUGUCAAAAAAUUUACGAUUCAAUAAUUAUUAUUUAUGAAUAGUAUUUGUUCUUCGGUGCUUGCAUUUAUGAAUAUCAUUACAUUAACAAUGGCAAUGUGUUACUUCUUUCUCAACCCAAUGUUAUUAUUAUUAAUUUUUUAUCCAUAUCCUGUUUCUUGUUUAUUGUAAGCUUCACUUUUUUAGUUUUAUCAUGGCGCUGUCGAAACCAAUUUACAGUAUUUUGGGUUUAUAUUUUGAACAACUUCACAGUCAUUCUUUAAGGACAAGGAGUAUCAGCAGUUCUCUUGUUGCUGUUCUGGGAAAUGUUACAUCACAAUACCUGUCUGGAGUUCAAAGGAUUGAUUAUGAUAGUGUUUUAUCUUUUGGAGUAUAUGGAUUGCUGUUUGGAAGCACACUACCAAAUGUUUUCUAUCGGGUUAUUGUGCGAUUUAUUCCUGAUAUAACAAUUCGCAAAAACAUCUUUAAACAACUUCUUGUGGAACGGUUGUUGUACACUCCUGUCUUUAUCGCUGUUUGCCUGUAUGUGAUUUCACGAUUACAGGGUCUGACUUCAGAUCAGGCUGUGCGGAGGCUCAUGAGACAUUACUUGACAGCACUGAAGACUAAUUGGCUUUGGUUUACCAUUUUGCAGUACGCUGUAUUGAGAUAUGGACCACCAAUUUUACAAGUACCUCUUGCCAAUAUUGUUGAAUAUGUUUGGUAUACGUACCUGGCUCAUAAGUUGAAUGCUCGAACCAAAAAAUUCAAGAUGACUAAAUAA